AUGGCGGAGUUGGCAGAGAACAAGUAUGCAAUACACGAGGCGGCUCGCGAGGGUAGGAUCCUAGUCGUCGAGUCGCUCCUCAGGGCAAACCCCAAACUCGCAAACCUGCACGACCAAGACGAGCGCCUUCCCGUCCACUGGGCCUGCGCCUUUGCACACCUGGACAUCGUCAAACUCCUCGCCUCCACUCGCUCCUUCGACCCCGACGCACAGGAUGGCUCAGGCUGGACGCCCCUCGCCAUUGCGUCGUCCCUCAAAGACAACUCCGGCCUUCCCAUUAUCGAACUCCUGCUCUCCAAAGAUGCGGAUCCCAAAAUGGCCACGAAUUCGGGCGUAACCCCGCUACACCUGGCCGUGUCGAAAAACAACCUCGAGGUGUGCAGAACGCUGCUAAAACAGGGCGCGAGCGCAAGGGUGAAGGAUAAAAGAGGACAACUGGCUCUUCAUCGUGCUGCGGCCACUGGCAAUGUGCCCAUUGUCAAGUUGUUACUAGAGAACAAAUCACCCAUCAAUGCUACAGAUAUGGAUGGCUUGACCGCACUGCAUCACGCCGUCAGCGAGGGAAAUGGUGAUGUUGCGGUCGAGUUGCUAAAGGCUGGUGCGGAGACAGACAAGAAAGACGUUGACGGCAGACUGGCGAUCGACUGUGCGCCGGAUGCCAAAGUGCGGUUGUAUAUUGUCAAGGCGGCCGAGAGGGAGGGUAUCGACUUCUUUACAUGA